AUGCUGCGGUUCCUGCGCAGGACCUUUGGCCGGCGGUCGAUGCAGCGCUACGGGCGAGGAGCCGGGCGCGGAGCCGGGCGAGGUGGGCUCGGCGGCGAGGGGGACGAGCGGGACGGGGGGCUGCGAGGAGCGGCCGCCGCCGCCGUCGGCUCGGGAGCCUUCCCGUCCUCGCCGCUGCCCGGAGGGGUCGUGCACAGCUCCGGAGCGCCCGUCCACAUCCCGGCGGCCGGCGGCAGCAAGCCGGUGCUGCAGUGCCGCGUCCUUCUCCUGGACGGGACCGAAGUCAACGUGGAGCUGCCGAAACAUGCAAAGGGACAGGAGUUGUUUGACCAGAUUGUGUAUCAUUUGGACCUUGUAGAAACGGAUUACUUUGGCCUGCAAUUCAUGGAUGCUUCCCAAAUUACACACUGGUUGGACCAUUCAAAAUUCAUUAAGAAGCAAAUAAAAAUUGGACCUCCGUACACGCUGCAUUUUCGCAUUAAGUACUACUCGUCAGAGCCCAACAACCUUCACGAAGAGUUCACAAGGUACCUGUUUGUAUUACAGCUCCGGCAAGACAUUCUUUCAGGGAAACUGAAAUGCCCAUAUGAAACUGCUGUUGAACUAGCAGCUCUGUGUCUUCAAGCUGAGUUGGGAGAGUGUGAGCACCCUGAGCACACACCAGAGCUCGUGUCUGAAUUCAGGUUUGCACCAAACCAGACUGAAGCAAUGGAAUUUGACAUUUUUCAGAAAUGGAAAGAGUGCAGGGGAAAGAGCCCGGCGCAGGCUGAGUUGUGCUACUUGAACAAAGCUAAAUGGCUAGAAAUGUAUGGUGUAGAUAUGCAUGUAGUUAAGGGAAGAGAUGGUUGUGAGUAUGCUCUUGGACUGACACCAACAGGCAUAUUGAUCUUUGAAGGAGCCAACAAAAUAGGCUUAUUCUUUUGGCCUAAAAUCACAAAAAUGGACUUUAAAAAGAGCAAACUAACGCUCGUGGUUGUAGAAGAUGAUGAACAGGGCAGAGAGCAAGAGCACACAUUUGUUUUCCGGUUAGACAGUGCCAAAACGUGCAAACAUUUGUGGAAAUGUGCGGUGGAGCACCACGCUUUCUUCAGAUUGCGAGCCCCAGCAAAUAGUAAAUCUAGUAGAUCCGACUUCAUAAGGCUGGGAUCACGCUUCAGAUUCAGUGGGAGGACAGAAUAUCAAGCGACACACGGGACGAGGUUACGCAGAACUAGCACGUUUGAAAGAAGGCCCAGCAAGAGAUACCCCUCUAGGAGGCAUUCCACUUACAAGGCAAACAAUCCUGUGAAAGCAGCACAACUGUGUGCUAAAAAUACUCCGGAACUCCAUAACUACCAGCCCCCGUAUCAUCCUAAUAUACAUCCUGCUCAGCCACACUGGCAUCCACACACACCUGUGAAUGUAAGCUAUCCGUUGAACAACAGCGAUCUGCAUCCGUUCAACAUUGAGGAGAAUGGUGGAACUCCAUACACCACAAAAAUGGCUGCAAGGCACCACCACCACCAUCGGCAUCACCACCACCAUGCCAAUUACGGUGCCCUUGCUCCCGAAACCAAGGACAUUGUUUCUGCAGUUCCAAAUCCAACCAGUAAGUCCACUGCAAAACUGAGCUCAGGACUUCCCCUUCUUUAUGAUGAAACUUCUCAUCUGAAGAAAAUAGAAACGGAGAGUGUGAAGGUAGUUGGACCAUGGCCAGCCCUGCACGUCAGCAUGAACAAGACUGAAGACAAGAAGGUAUCAGAAAAGACUCUUCAUGCCCCCGUGUCACCUUCAUCUGUACCUGACCAUUUGAAGUGCAACAUCCUCAAAGCUCAAGUGGAAGCUGCUUUUAGAGUAGGUGCCCAGGCUGUGAAAGAAGAGACCUCUUUUGUAAAUCCCAGUAAGACCUCCAGUCUGCAGGACCCUAAUGUAAGAAGUCCAGCUCCAGUGAGACCUGAAACUACACCAACAACUGUCCCUACAGAAAAGCAGGAGGUUAAAGCUCCCCGUGUGAGGAAGUUAACGAGGCAGUACAGUUUUGAUGAAGAUGACCUUCCUCCAGCACUGGCAGCAGCAGCAGCAGCAUCAACACCUGUGUCUUCAGCAUCUCCCGGGUCGCAGAAAACGUGCACGCCACAAACAUCGGAAGGACAAGCACAGGUUUCGCCCGGUGGCAAGAGUUCCACAGAUGCUGGGAGUACAUUUGCUUUGGAGCCAGGUGACCUCCUGAUGGAUUUCACAGAGGCCACACCAAUGAUAAAGACAUUCCCUGCUGAUACAUCUAAUCCUUUUUUCGAUCCCUUUACAACAGUACCACAGUUUUCUGCAGAAUUUGCAGACAGCAAAUUACAAUGCUGUGGGGUGCAGUCAUCUCCUAAGAUUACGCUGGUGUCUCCAUCACCCGUCCUGAGGUCUCUGGCAGAGACUAUCCCGACUCCAACAGUGCAGACAGUAUAUACGUCGCAUAAGCCCAUUUCGCUGGCAGACAGUGCUGAGACUCUGAGGCGUGAACUUGAGAGAGAGAAAAUGAUGAAAAGACUCUUGAUGACAGAAUUAUGAAACUCGCACUUCCGUCAGAUGGAG